AUGACUUCCCACGAGGACGAGAAGACUGCCCACCAGGAAGACAAGAACGACCCUACCUCUGUUGUACACAUGGCAACCAAAGACGAAGAGGAAUAUGUUACCCCAGAUGACGUCCUCAAGGGCGCUCAGCAAGCCACGAGUGAGGAGCAUAAGAUGUCGCUGAGGGAGGCCAUUCGCAAAUAUCCCACGGCGUGUUUUUUCUCGGCUCUAUUUUCGUCAGCGUUGAUCAUGGAGGGCUUCGAUAAAGCCUUCAUCACCGCGUUCUUCGCCUUCCCAGCAUUUCAAAAGAGAUAUGGCAACCUCACUGCCAGUGGUGAUUAUCAAGUUCCGGCUGAUAUACAAGCUGGGGUAAAUGGCGGUGUUAGCGCUGGCCAGAUUAUUGGCCUGGCGAUGAACAGUUAUCUCGCAGACAGAUUCGGUUACCGCAAGGUGAUGCUGGGUUGCCUGUUCUUCAUGUGCUGCUUUGUGUUCAUCCAAUUUUUUGCCAGCAGCAUCUACAUGUACCUCGGCGCCGGUGUCCUCCUCGGUAUCCCCUGGGGAGUCUUCCAGGUGAUUACCACGACAUACGCCUCCGAGGUCUGCCCUAAUGUGCUACGCCCUUACCUCACCAGUCUCGUCUCUAUGUGCUGGAGUAUCGGCUAUCUGCUCGGCACCGGAGUACUCACUGCCUUCCUCAAGAUGGAAGGACAGUGGGCAUAUCGAAUUCCCUUUGCGCUUCAAUGGGUCCUUCCGAUUCCUCUGGCCAUUGGUAUUCUGUGUGCCCCCGAAUCUCCUUGGUGGCUCGUACGACAGAACCGAGUUGCCGAUGCCGAAGUGGCAUUGCGCAAACUCCGAAAGAAAGAUGUCGACGACGAGGAAAUCGCGAAUACCCUAUCUAUGAUUGUCUACACCAUCAAGAUCGAGAACGAGAUGAACACGUCCAGUGCUUAUAAGGAUCUAUUCAAGGGUGUCAACCGUCGACGAACUGAGAUUACGGUUUUUACCUAUGUCAUUCAAGAGCUAUGCGUUCCGCUGCUGUCAUACGUCGUAUACUUCCUCCAACAAGCCGGUCUCCCUACCUCUCAGGCGUUCAAAUUCGGACUCGGCCAAUACUCCUUAGCUAUUGUAGGAGUUGUUGUUGCAUGGUUUCUUACUCCAAGAUUUGGUCGCCGAACAUUGAUCCUGUCGGGUAUCAGCUUCGUAACUGCGACUACUUUCCUCAUCGGCUUCUUGGGUAUCCCGACCAACAACCCUGUAACGUACGGCAACGUGAUCGGGGCCCUUCUUCUGCUCCAAUACUUCGUUUUCUUCUUCACCUGUGGCCCUGUCAUCUAUACCGUCGUCACCGAAAUCCCGUCAAGUUACCUGCGAUCCAAGAGUGUUUCCCUCGCAAGAGCUACCUACAACGUCAACGUCAUCAUCUAUGGCCAGCUUAUGCCCCGUACGACUCAGAAGGCGUGGUGGAACUGGGGUGCCAAGUCUGGUUUCUUCUACGGUGGCAUCAUGUGCAUUGGCAUUAUUUGGGGUUACUUCCGCCUGCCUGAGACGAAGGACAGGACCUUCGCUGAGAUCGAUAUUCUCUUCAUGAACGGCGUCAGUGCGCGGGACUUCCCCAAGACCAAGGUUGAUCUUGCGAACCAAACUGUUUCCCGGGAAGAAUAA